GCCGCCUGAUAAAUUACACGAUUGCAUUUUUGAGUUUGGAAAGUUUUCAGUUUCGUUAUUAAAGUAAAUUUUAAGCUAGUCUAAUUCAAACGUGGUACCUUCAAAAGCAAAUAUGGAUUUGGUUGAAUUUGACAUAGGUGGUACAAUCUUUAAAACGAAAAGAUCUACUCUCAAAUCCAUAGAUGGAAGCUUUUUGUCGAAUCUUGACGAUACAAAAGAUAAAUAUUUCUUUGACACAGAUCCUGUUUUAUUUAGACAUGUAUUAAAUGCACAUAGAAAAGGAAUCAUUCAUGUGCCAAGGGAUGUGUGUCCAUUGUUGUUUAAGGAGGAAAUACUAUUUUGGAAAUUACCAUUAACACUAGUAGCUCCCUGUUGCUGGAAAUAUAUGUAUGAGGCUGAAUCAGACAAGGACACAUAUAAAAUUCUUCUACAGAAUAGAAACAAGUAUGACUCUUGUAAUAAAGUUGACCAAACUAAAGCUGAAGCAUGUAUAGCGCAUUUCAUCUCUUCGGAUGACGAGAAACGUACCAGUGACAGAAGUAAUACCAAUGGAAUUGUGGAUGGGAUCUCUGAAAAUGAGCAGACGAUGGCUUUCAGGAUUUGGCUUCUACUUGAUGAACCUGGAUCUUCAACUGCUGCAAAGAUUUGGUGUUAUUUCUACAUAUUUAUGGUUGUACUGAGUGUCGUUGUGUACAUCAUUUGGUUGGACCCAUCUGUCAGAGUCUCUCCAUAUCUUACAAAAGACGUAGAGUUAGACGACGUGCUUGAAGAUCAACAGUUAUAUGACUAUUUGGUCUACAUAGCCGACAUAAAUGAGAAAAUCAUAAGGCUGGUAUUACUGGAUCCUCAUCAAGCAUUACUAUGCCUGGAUCUUUUCUGUGUGGUUUUCUUUGUACUUGAGACUAUCGUCCAUUUCCUUGUAUGCCCCAUAAAACGGAAGUACUUCUUAAACGUUUACAAUUGGUUAAAGAUAUUUCUUUGUAUUGCAAUGUUGGUGUCCGUUGUCUUGGAAUUCAGAAAAGACCUACUAAAGGUAAAUGACUAUGCAAUCGGUGAGAUGUACCAUUUUUUCAAAAGUUGCUGUGCCUUACGGCUUCUUUUGAUAUUCAGACUUCAUAAAAUCUACGAUGCCCUACACAUAAUGCUUCUAUCUGUGAGGUACAGUGUGAAAGAACUAUUGCUGUUAUUAUUUUCAUUUCUGAUUGCUGUUAUUGUGUAUGGUUGUCUUAUAUUCGCUUCCGAAAUAGAAUCGACAAUGUUCGCUAGCCCACAGAUUUCCAUGUGGUGGUCUCUCAUAACCAUGACAACGAUUGGAUACGGCGACUUUUAUCCUACCACUACAAGAGGCUAUGUCGUUGGGAUAUUAUGUGCUAUUAAUGGAAUCAUUGUCCUCGCAUUGCCAAUUGCAGCAAUUGCUUCGACAUUCAGUAAUUUGUAUUCCAGAAAUGCAGAAUUCCAGAAACAUCUGACUGAAGUGAGAAAACAAACUCUGGAUACAAUUUCAAAGGACAACAUUAUACAUCACACCGAUGACAUUAGCACCGUUUCGUGUGAAGAGAACGCAAAAUGAAAACAAUAUUAAUCCACAAAACUGUGAUAUGUCGAUACAGAAAACAUUUGAAUGCUUGUUAUGUCAUAAAUAAUGUUCACCGAUUUAUGUCAUUACAUGUUUGCUUUCCUUUUUUAUUUUUAUUUUUUCUUGUUUUCUUAAACAUAAGAUAAUAAUUGUUUUAAUUGUUGAGCGUCUAAUUAUUAAAACUCUAAUAAAGUGAAUGUAACAAA